GCCGUUGGAUCCUAGGGCAACUGAGGCUUCUCUUCUCUCUCUAACUCUAACUCUAACCCUAGGGCUUUAACUUUCUUGCUCUACCCCCAAAACAGAGUUCCUCUAACCCAGAGAGAGAGAGAGAUGGUGCAGAGGCUCACAUACCGUACGCGCCAUAGCUAUGCAACCAAGUCAAACCAGCAUCGGAUCGUCAAGACCCCUGGUGGAAAGCUUGUGUAUCAGACCACCAAGAAGAGAGCAAGUGGACCCAAGUGCCCUGUUACCGGAAAGAGAAUCCAAGGGAUUCCUCACCUGAGACCUGCUGAAUAUAAGAGGUCUAGACUAUCAAGGAACAGGAGGACUGUGAAUCGCGCAUAUGGGGGUGUGCUGUCUGGUGGAGCUGUACGAGAGAGGAUCAUCCGAGCCUUUUUGGUGGAAGAGCAGAAGAUCGUGAAGAAGGUUUUGAAGAUUCAGAAGGCAAAAGAGAAGCAGGCAUCAAAGAGCAGCUAAUCUGCAAUAGAGAAUGAUUUUGUUUUUCUUUGAAAUUUUGACUUUUAUUAUGAGAGGAUGAAGAUUGUUCGAACAAUACCUGUUGUCAAUUAAAUUUGGAUGAGUUUCAUAGUUGACAUAAUCACCUCAUUGAAUACUUAUGAUAUUGAAAAUGAGGUUUUUUAU